GCCUACUCCACAUGUGUUAGGCCAUAUUGGUCGGAGUUUCAUCUCCAGCAACAACAACAUAGCAAAUUUCCUGCUCUAGUCAUGGCCACGGUCGCAAAUUUCUUAGCCAAGCCACCAACCGAUCAACUUGCCGCCGUUACAAAGACAAGUCCCUACUUCUACCGCGGCUCUCCUCACCUUCCAUUUUCCUUGAAACCCAGACAGUAUUCUUUUCCAGGCAUCCACAAACGUCAGGAUCUAUUCAUUGUUAAGGCAGCAGCUUCAGCAGCUGGUGUUAAGAAGGAAAAGGCCAGUGAUGAGAGAGUGAAAAAAGUCCACAGCAUUGAGGAAUUCGAUGAAGCACUUCGCUCGGCCAAGAACAGGUUGGUCGUAGUAGAAUAUGCGGCUAGCCACAGUUUCGAGAGCAGUAAAAUCUACCCUUUUAUGGUGGACCUCAGCAGAACAUGCAACGACGUGGAUUUCCUACUGGUCAUGGGCGAUGAAUCCGAGAAGACUAGGGAACUCUGCAAGCGGGAGAAGAUAGACAACGUCCCGCAUUUCAGCUUCUACAAAGGCAUGGAGAAAAUUCACGAAGAAGAAGCGAUAGGCCCUGAUCGGCUCGUCGGGGAUGUUCUAUACUAUGGGGACAAUCAUUCGGCUGUGGUGCAGCUUCACAGCAGAGAGGACGUGGAGAAGUUGAUUGGAGAGCACAAAGUCGAUCACAAGCUGAUUGUUCUGGACGUGGGGUUGAAGCACUGUGGGCCGUGCGUGAAGGUGUAUCCGACGGUGCUCAAGUUGUCGAGGCAGAUGGCUGAUACUGUCGUAUUCGCCAGAAUGAACGGCGAUGAGAAUGAUAGCUGUAUGAGGUUCUUGAAGGACAUGGACGUGGUUGAAGUGCCCACGUUUUUGUUCAUAAGAGAUGGAGAAAUUUGUGGGAGAUAUGUGGGAUCUGGCAAGGGAGAACUAAUCGGUGAACUUCUUAGAUACCAAGGAGUUCGAGUGACUUAGGUCAAAAGAACAAACUGGAAGAUUCACCAGCAAAUUACACAAUUCAAUUGGCUGUGUGAAACUCUGUAACAUAAAAGCAAAAGAAAUAUAGCUUAUUUAUUUAUUAUUUUC